AUGGAAGUUGAUAGCCCCAACAGCCCGUCCACGCCCGCCGAGGAUCGACGGAAAUCGGGUCGCAUGACGCGGCGGCCCGAGGUCUUCUCACAAAGCACACACUCCACUACCGACGCAAAUUCCAGCGGGAAGCGCAAACGGGGCGAGGCGCCUGAUCAGUCGGAUGUGGACGACGAAGGGUCAGAAUCGGAUAGCGAAGACGUGGACGAUGAUGAGACAGACGAGGAAGAGUUAAGAGAAAAGCGACGCGCCGCCCGCAAGACCGGCACCAAGAAGUCUACAAAGAAGGGAUCGCACGCGGCAAAGAAGCCCAAGGUCACUGGAAAUGGGGUGGGCAAACAGCUGGCCUUUAGACCCGCUCUCAACGGGCGACUCCCCGCGUCGCGUCCCCGUAAGCCGAAGGUUCGGCCCAGCCUGGCAGCAGGAGAACGUGGAUUAUAUGCGGAGGUCUUUGGGAAGAGCAACAACGCCGACGCCGCCGCCGCACAGUGGUUGAGUCAAUAUCAGCGGAACGCCGCGCAAGCAAUGCGUGACUUGGUGAAUUUCUUCCUUCGUUGCACUGGCUCGGAGCUGGAGGUGAGCCACGAGGAGGUGGAAGAUAUUGAUCAUGCCCCCGACCGCAUCCGAGAUUUCCAGAACGUCUACCAGAGCCAAGGCAUCACAGACUAUCCUCUGAUAUCCCGCGUGAAGAAAUACAGAGCAUUCCAAACAGUCCUGGAGGAGUUCAUUGGCGCAAUAAUCCAGACGUUCCACCACUCUUCGUUACUGUACACCGACGAGGCGCUUCUAGAAAAUAUUCAGAUCUGGAUCUCAUCCAUGUCAACGGCCAACUGCCGGCCAUUUCGGCAUACGGCCGCUGUUAUUUCGCUGUCGAUCACUACGACCUUGUGCGAUAUUGCGCGUGAAGUGAUGGCAACCGUGACAACAUCACGCAAACAGCUCGAGAGCGAAAAGAAGAAAAAGACUGUCAACAAGGGCCGGGUAGAAGUCAUCCAGACAGCUGUUAGCGACGGAGAACACAAACUCGAGCUUUUAGAUGAGUUCUUACAAGAUGGAUUUGACACGGUCUUUGUCCACCGCUACCGAGACGUCGACCCAACAAUUCGUGCCGAGUGCUUGAUAGCUUUGGGUCGGUGGGUGAAUGCAUACCGAGAGGUGUUUUUCGAAACUCAGUACAUUCGAUACUUUGGCUGGACUCUUUCGGACACUGUCGCCAAUACGCGUUUGACUGCAUUGAUGCAAUUACUACCUCUUUACGAGAAUAAGGACAAUAUCGGCGUUCUUCACUCUUUUACGGAUCGCUUCCGCCCGCGUAUUGUGGAGAUAGCGACACACGACACCGAGAUCAAUGUGCGCGUGGCCGCGAUUGAGCUCUUGAAUCACUUGCGGGAAGGUGGCUUGCUGGAGCCCGAUGAUAUUGACGCAAUUGGCCGCUUGGUGUUCGAUGUCGACCCUCGCAUCCGGAAGGCGGCGGGUCAAUUCUUCGUUUCUAAUGUUCAGGAUGCAUUCGAAUCAACAACUGAGGAAGUUGGCGAUGAGAUGAAUGAAAUGUUCGCUGAUGAUGACGAGGAUGAUUUCGAAACACCCAAGCGCUCAUGGAUCAAGUUCAAGACCCUGGUAGAUAUCUUCCAGGCUUACGAUGACCAGGAAGACGAAUCAGAAGAAAAGCCGGCUACAACACGGGAUGUGCUCUCAGGAACCCCGACAAGUUCACGUUUCGUUCUGGCAACGGAGGCUAUUUAUCCUUACAUGGAAGAACUUUCUCAAUGGCAGUCUUUGGCGGGGUAUCUCCUCUAUGAUCACUCACAAAUCGUCGAUGAGCCAGAAGAAGAUGAUACUGUAGCAGUCGUCCGCACGCUGUACAAGAUGCAGGAAGGACAGGAAUCCAUCCUUCUAGAAAUCCUUGGUGCUGCAGUCAAGCUACGAGUACUUGAUGUCGCCAAGUCCGACAUUGACAGGCGCGGCCGCAAAGUCAAGGCCCUGACCGCCAAGAUCCCUGAGCUUCAGGAGGAAAUUUCCCACAACCUUGCUCAGAUUAUCCCACAGCUCUUGAAUAAAUUCGGAUCCGCCCCCGAAGCAGCAUCUGCUGUUUUACGACUGGAGCAUUUUGUGGACCUCGAUACCAUCCAAGACUUGCAAAAGGAUGCCACCGCCUACUCCUCUUUGCUCAACGAUAUCAACAAGCAGUUCUUAACUCAUUCGGAUCAGGAUGUCCUGGCCGAGGCGAGCGUGGCCUUCUUACACGCCAAGAGCUCUGAUGAGAUGCGAGAAGCGCUCGAGGGCAAGGUCCAAGAGCUCUGGGAUGACAUGGUGGAGACACUGAGUGCCUUGUCCCGCAAGAAGGCUGUUCAAACUGGCGGCUCAAUCUCCGAUCCAACUCUCACAGAUCUCACCAACACCGUAACACGUGUAUCCAAUCUCGCUGCUAUCGCAGACUGCACAUCUAUUUUGGAGACAGUACCUAAGCCUCGUUCAAAGUCUAAGAAAGACGGUCUCGAGGCUCCAUUCAAUACACUCCUCAACCUUACUGAGCGUGGUCUUCUUCAGCUGGAUGGGGACGAGGAUGUUGCACGGACGGAGACAGAACUGGUCGCCAAUAGUAUCCGUUCACUGCUUUUCUAUUUCAUGUGGAAGGUUCAGGCACUAACAGCAGCCUUGAAUACUGGCAAGGCCUCCUUUAACACAUCUUAUUUCGAGGCGCUCACAAAAAGUCGUGAGUCGUUUAGUGGGGCACUUCUCGAAAUCAUGGAGAAGCGAACCGGGCUUGAUGAUUUGCGGUUCACAGCGACGACAACUUACCUGGACCUGCAGACCCUUUUCAGCACUCUUCGCAAUGUGGGCCAGGGCGUUGGCAACGAUGAAGAUGUGAUUUUCCAGUCUCAGAAUCUCGUCCACGAAGUCUCGACUGAAGCCCAAGCUCUCAUCUCGAAGAUCCAUGGCAUUGCCGAGCGCACCUUUGCUAAGAAGUCCAAGUUGGAUCUCGAGCCUGCGGAAGAUGAUGACCCCGCUUCUGACGAUGAGCCGGAGGAUGACGAGGCGAGUGACUCCGAGGAUGAGAGUGUGGUCACUGAGCGCCUUCGUGGCAGCAUGGUAGCCGAACAACGCUUGUGUGAGCUGACUGGGAAACUUGUGCUUGCCAUCAUUGGUCGCAUUGUCGAUGCAUCUGGUUCGAAACGAGGUAAUUUCAAGAAACGGCUACUUCGCAAUAAGAAUGAUCUCGGCCAGAACUACCGCGAAGUCUUGUCAUACUUAGAAGAGCGCAAACCACGCAGUGCGCCUCGCAGUAAAGGCAAACAGCCCGCUAAGGGGCCUGUUGCCGAAGCACAGGCACCUCUAAUAGGAGGAAAAGACUUCAAAUCGGCCGAGCGUGUUGAGGAUGAUGAAGAUGAAGGUGAGCACGCCGCUCCUAUGGAAGAGGAUGAUGAAGCAGACUUGCGUGCACGCGGUCUCAUUGAGGAGGACAUUGACCGCGAGCACGAUGAAAACGAAGAAAUGGAAGAUCAGGCGCCUGAGUCCGAUGAGGAUGAAGUGAUGGGUGAUUGA